GUGUCGCGUCGAGGGACUCCAACUCCCGCGAUGCCACGGCGCUCGCUUUAACUACCAGCUUGGUGGGGACGCCUCCACCAGAUUAAACCCAUCGUCCGUAAUCCCUACUGUACACAGCGGAAUCCUCUGCGGGUGUCACGUUCGUCCCGAACACGGCAGAGACAUGGACAACUCCGGCAAAGAGAAGGAGGCAAUUCAGCUAAUGGCGGACGCGGACAAGAAAGUCAAGUCGUCGGGCUCGUUUCUGGGAGGGAUGUUUGGAGGAGGACCUCACAAAGUGGAAGAGGCAUGUGAGAUGUACUGCAGAGCGGCCAACAUGUUCAAGAUGACCAAAAACUGGAGUGCUGCUGGAAAUGCGUUUUGCAAGGCUGCACGUCUCCAUUUGCAGCUGCAAAACAAACAUGACUGUGCCACCAGUUUCAUCGAUGCAGGGAAUGCAUACAAGAAGUCUGACCCAAAUGAGGCAAUCAAGUGUUUAAAUGCUUCCAUCGAUAUAUACACAGACAUGGGAAGAUUCACCAUCGCAGCAAAACACCACAUCAGUGUUGCGGAGAUCUUAGAGUCUGAUCUGGUGGAUAUCGAAAAGGCCAUUGCACAUUAUGAACAAGCAGCAGACUACUACAAAGGAGAGGAAUCAAACAGUUCUGCCAACAAGUGUCUGCUGAAGGUGGGGGCUUACUGUGCUCAACUGGAGCAGUACCAGAAGGCCAUUGAGAUCUACGAGCAGGUUGGAGCCAGCACGAUGGACAACCCACUGCUGAAAUACAGCGCAAAAGAGUAUUUCUUCAAAGCCUCCCUCUGUCAUUUCAUUGUCGACGAGCUCAACGCUAAGAUUGCUGUUGAAAAAUAUGAGGAGAUGUUCCCGGCGUUUUCAGACUCCAGAGAAUGCAAGUUGUUGAAGAAACUUCUUGAGGCGCAUGAGGAGCAGAACAGUGAAGCUUUUACAGAGGCAGUAAAGGACUUUGACUCCAUCUCACGUCUGGACCAGUGGCACACGACUCUCCUGCUGCGCAUCAAGAAGACCAUCCAGGGUGACGAGGGGGAUCUGAAAUGAGCGAAAGGCGGGUUAGAAACGCAGCAUGAAGGGACAAAUCCAUCACGCAUGCUUUCCACACACACACACACACACACACACACACACACACACACACACACACACACACACACACACACACACACACACACACACACACACACACACACACACACACACACACACACACACACACACUGUGUAUAGCAUCAGGACAGGAGCGUCUGCUGAUGAUUUUGAAUAUCCCCACUGCUCACUGCUAUACUUUCAGAGCACUACCUUGCUUUCCUCAAGAGCAUAUCUGAAUCUAGUCAGAAUGUGAAUCCUCUCGCCCUCACCUCUGUCCAGAGGAUUGCUGCAUACUGUACCCUUUUCUGCCGAAAUCUGUGCCGGGGGAUUUCAGAGCGGUAUAUCGUGUUGAAACUAAUGUUAGUAUUGAUGACAGGCACCUGCAUGUUUUGUACAAUUAUUGUUUUUACUAGUCAGAUGCAGCUUGUUUUGGUUUUAAAAAAAAUAUAUAGUUUGAUAUAUAUUUAAAUUAUUUAAAUGUUUCAGUUUGUUGUACAUAAGAUUAUCAUUGUUGGGUUUAAAGAAUGUAUUGUAAUCUUAAUUUAUGUUGUGUUGAAAUAGAAGAGAAGGGUAAAAUAAAUAUCACGAGUGUUCUCAAAACUCAUUUUCAUGAAAAAGAUUUUUUAGUUUCAUUUGUAUCGCCCGUUGCGAGCGACUCUUCUUGAUGAAGGGCAAUGAUAUGCAUCAAAUGUAGACUGUUAAAACAUUUGUACCUGAUCACAAACGGAUGAAAUUUUUUCCAUACAUAUUAUUUGUUUUUCAGUUUAUCAAUUAAUUUUAGGAUUUGUUGAUGUAACAAUACUUUGAGUGUUGUACGUUGAACUUUAUAGGUUGAGCUGUAUUUUUGAAUGAGAAGCAAUGACGUGGGAAACCUUCCCCCUUAUUCCGAGGGCAGUAAUCUUGGGAUUACUGUGCGUCAUUAUAGUCACUCAUCUCGUGCUGUGCGUUGUUGUGUCGUGAACUACUAGGUGCAGGUUUAUUGCUGCAGUGUACCUUUUCAGCUGGCCAGUUGCUAAGCAUGUAAUUGUGUGUGUAGGCUAAUGUUGCGUCACAUUCACUAGUGAGCCAGACCAAAGUUUUUACAGAAGGGUCAGACGCCCUGCGUAUCCAGCUUCUUCCAGAUGGAACGACAAUGGACCUUGGAUAGGAUCUGUGUGCUUGUGCGAAUGGACAAUAAUAAAGGUAUUAUAAUCCUA